GAAGCCCCCGGUGACAGUACUCAGGCUAGUUGUUCAAACUAAGCCCACAUCAACGCGGAGCCAGCUCUUCCUUAUCACUAUUACCUAUUCUUAUCAAUAUGAUGCUUAGAGACCGCCUCAACGUUGUCCCACCUCUCGUCGGGGCUGGAUGCGCGGAUGAACUUGCAAACGCAGGGAAAACCUUGUUCGGAACACAGUCUCCACUCAACGACUCCAUUGCUGUCGCAGUCACAAGCAUUCGGUCACCACAAUCGGUCCGCAGGGCUGGAUCCACUGAUGCAGAUGAUCAGCCCGUUUACUUUGCUAGUGCAGACAUGGUUCCUUCUUCAGAGAGGCGAUUGUUCAUCAGCGAUACAUCCAUAAUAUAUGCCGCUUUCCAAAACCUCACAGAGACAGCAAGUGCAAAAGGACCAGAAUGGUUACAAAGCGAAGAAGGCUCAAGAAUGGUCAGAAAACUUGCAAUGGACUAUGUUAACUUCACAAAAGAAUGUUGGAUUCAUGCUUCGCAAUCAUCCGAUCCAUCUGAAGAGGAGCUACAGUUCUCCGGCGACCACUACCGAUGUCUCUACACGUGUUUCUCUCUUUUUACGGUAUUAUACGUCCCGGAGUACGGUUUCGAAGAUGCCCCUGUGGGAGACGAACUAAUGGAGUGGCUAAAUGUACAUUUCAUCGAACCUUCAACAGAAGAAGGUGAUCACUUGUCUGGCCUAGAGCAUCCAUGGCAAGACGAAAAUUUUUGGCCAUACCUAAUAAGGGUUACACUUCGAGGGCUAUCCAAAGCGGCUACGUUUUUCUUCGGCGUAUUAUUACAGCACCCAUGCGAUGAUCUGCAGCGGCUAUCUCAAGAAAUUAUUCCAUUGCUCAAUAGCCAGCCUCGCCUUCAAGAUUUUUCUGCAGAACGAGAUUUUUCCUACGCGUCCCGUCGUUGGAAGGACAAAGUGAAAACCCUAAGAAUUGAAUUAGAUCGCGUGCCCGAAGUCGACCGAAACGAUGGCUUCGACAAUUGGUGGGAUCGCUUCAGCGACAUCGUUUCCAUAUUAGAAGGUCGUGGCCCUGUUGUCCAAAAGAUCUGUGAGGACCUUGGGGCCGAUUGGAAAGAAGUAAGUGCAGCGUGGGGUGUUUUCACAGAUGCAAGAUUGCGAAGACAGGAUUUACCCGACGUUGUGGCACAAGUUUUGGAAGACAUGCCACCUGAUCCCACAAACUUGGAAGACAUGAUCUAUGCCGCCUUGUUUAGUGGCGACCCAUCAAAAGCCCUCCUCCACGCUGCACAGCUGGAUCCUUGGCUAGCCGCCCAUCUAGCGGAUAUAAUGGAAGCUCUUUCCUUAAUUGAAAGGGAUGUAAACGAAGAUUCUGGACUCACCAUUCGGGAGUAUUACGUCCUUUCUUAUGCGCAAUAUUUACACUCCGACCCUGCACUAUGGAGACUUACGGUUGCUUAUAUGUGUUCAAGCGGUCGGAUAGGCCUUCACAGUGCUGACGAGAUAUUGAUUCGAGUGCCAUUAAGAUUGCAAGAUAAGCAUCGUAUAGGGGAGAGAGAUAAAUCCGUGGAAAGCGCGAGGACAAGAGGUCUUUCUGCUCUCCUAAAGGAUGUCAACGAAACAUGUUUCGAAUAUCGACGAGAAGACGUGCGCAGGGUUGUUUGUCGGAUGGCUGCGCAGACAUUUGUUCAAGAGCAGGAAUAUGGACUCGCUUUGUCCUACUGCUCUUCUGCGGAAGACUGGGCCGGCCUUGGCCGCGUGGUGGACCGCGUUCUGGAAGAGUACAUUGCCAAUGGUCCCGAACAAUUCACUCGAUAUGUUGCGGACAUUGCUCCAUCACUGCAGUCGUAUCGAACACAGCCUGGUGCCCAUGGCAUUUUUAUCUACCGAUUAAUGUUUGCCGUCCGAUACGCGGAGUUUCACCAACGCAUGCUUAAUCAAGAGUAUCAAGACGCUGCACGGGACCUUAUUACUAUGUUUAAGGAGGAGAUUGUACCGAAAUCUUGGUGGGGUGUUCUUCUGUCUGACUCUAUCGAGCUUCUUCGAUAUAGCACGGCCCUUCUGUUUUCCCACUCCGGCGCCUAUAUCUUGCUUCAAAAAUUAGAGGAAGUGUUCAUGAGAGCUGCACAAGGGUCUGGUGAAGACUAUCUGUGCAUGCUGAUGAGAAAGUCCAACGCGUCGAGGGAAAAGGAAGCUUUGGAUCGGUUAAAAUUGACCCGCCUGACCCUGGCCAAAUACUUCGCCAGGUGUACUGUGAUUGGGACCGGGGGAAGGCCCAUUGCCGAUCAAAACUCCAGUGCCACAUUUUAAAGUUUGUUGAUCCAUUACCUGAUAUACAAUUUUAUCGUAUUUUUUGACAGAGAUGUUGACUUCUUGGAGGACAUGUGGUGAGGACGUGCAUCUACGGGUAUCGAUAACCGUUAGUCAAAUAAGAUAAGCCAAACGCGGUUGUUCUAGAUUAAUUUCCAGCCGCCUUGUGGAAGGAAAUACUUUUCGGGUUUUGGGAUGUUUUGAUAGAGGAAGCGUCCAAGCCUUCAUUCUUUUUCGGCUCCUGAAUUACAUCAAGAAACUCGCACUAUUAUGUGGUCCUUAGUUCAUUCCAAAAUUUUCAAUCCAUU